AUGGCUGCCGAAUCUCUCUCAAAAGGCGUUCAAAAUGACCCGUGUAUUAUCGAGAACAGAGCAGUGGAUGAUGCACGACCCAUCAAGGUGAGGGUGAUGGGAGCUGGUAUUUCCGGAAUUAUAACCUGCAUUCGUUUGAUGCAGAGAAUCACGAACCUUGACCUGAGCGUAUGGGAGAAGAAUGAUGAUAUUGGUGGUACUUGGUACGAGAAUCGGUAUCCGGGCUGUGCAUGUGAUAUCCCCUCGCACACCUACCAAGCUACUUUUGAGCCGAACCUUGAAUGGUCACACUUCUACGCCACCUCAAAGGAGAUUCACCAGUACUGGAAAAAAGUCGCCCAAAAAUAUGGUGCAAUGAAACAUAUUCAUGUCAACCACAAAGUCCUGGCAGCCCACUGGAACGAUAAGGCGGCCAAAUGGGAUUUGAAAGUUCAAGUGGCGGAUGGCUCAGUACAGGAGGAAUCGUGCGAUGUUUUCAUCUCUUGUGCGGGGUCAUUGAAUAAUUGGAAGUGGCCUGCUAUUCCAGGGUUGCAUGACUUCGAAGGCAAGCUAUUGCACACAGCUGCAUGGGAUGAAAGCUAUGAUUACAAGAAUAAAAGAAUUGCUGUGAUUGGAAACGGGUCAAGUGGUAUCCAGGUAGUGCCGGCCAUGCUUCCAGAUGUCACUCACAUUGACCAUUACGCUCGUGGCCGGACGUGGCUAUCCCCGACCUUUGCUCGGCAUAAGCUCGACGAAAUAGGAGGAAAAAACUUGGACAACAUUGCGUUUAGCCCCGAGACAAUUGCAGGAUUCAAAGCCAACCGCGCAGCAUACCAUAAAUUCAGAAAAGAUAUCGAGCAUGACCUCCAGAAUGGUUUCUGGGUUACCAUCAAAGAUACACCGGAACAACUUGCUGGCUCAGAGUUCUUCAAAGAGAAUAUGAAACGUCGUCUAACCAAGAAGCCCGAAUUGUUGGAUCAAAUUGUUCCAGAUUUUCCACCUGGUUGCCGUCGCCUAACACCUGGUCCUGGUUAUCUGGAAGCCUUGACGGAUGAAAAGGUGGAGGUAAUCAAAACCGAGAUCAGCAGCGUCGAUGCAACGGGUAUCCGUACAGCAGAUGGUGUACACAGAGAAGUCGACGUUAUUGUAUGCGCGACCGGGUUUGACACUUCUUACCUGCCCCGUUUCCCCAUGACAGGACGCAACGGUCUCUCCCUCGCGGAAAAAUGGAAAGAAAUUCCAGAGACAUACAUUUCUCUUGCCACAAACGAGUUCCCCAAUUACUUCAUCUGUCUAGGACCCAACGCCGCUCUGGGACACGGAAGUUUGACCCUUUUGAUCGAAAAAGAAAUUGACUACAUCACUCAAUGCGUCGCCAAGAUCCAGCGUGAUAACAUUCGCUCAAUGGCACCUCGCAAGGAAGCCGUGGAACGGUUCACGAAACACUGCGAGCAACAUUUUAGUAAAACCGUGUUUAGCACAAAGUGUCGCAGUUGGUAUAAAGGUGGCAAAGAGGAUGGGAGAGUCAUUGCAGUUUGGCCUGGAUCCUCCCUCCAUGCCCUCAAAACAUUCAGUAACCCGCGCUGGGAAGAUUUUGAGUAUGAAUACAUCAACGAUAAUCCCAACGGGUGGAUUGGAGAUGGCUGGACCACCGCUGAGAAAUUACGGGAUUUUAAUGUUGAUUACUUGGACGAUAAUCAAAUUGACUUUCCGACUCCAUUUGAGGUCGAGAUUGAGAUUGCGGUUGAGGCUGCAAUUAAGCGAAACGAAGAAGAGGUACAGCGUGGAAAAGAAGUUGGGACUGAAGCAGCAGAAUUCAAGGAGGAAGAUGGACAGGCAAUGAAGAAUAGUGUUGUUGGGGAUGGGUCGAAGAACUCGAGUGCAGUGCAUAUUGAGACGGUUGCUACUGAAGUGCCUGUUUAGAUGUUGAUGUUUCAUUCGACGUGUUUGAUGUGUAAGGCUUGGAAGUCAGUAUAUGUGCCUAGAAGCCACUGCUCUUUACAAA